AGUUCCCCCACCAUCAAUCUAGCCUAACGUUGACGUUACGGCUCGGUGUUUGCUAUUGGCCAGCCAAGUCUGGCAUCAUUCUUGACCUGCGACUCGUCCGUAAGACUUACAAGUUGUUGUAAGGACUUGUAUUGUUGUAGUACGUACCAGCUGUAGAUUGCACAGAAAUCAUUACCCCGUUUUGACCGCGAAGUUUCACGCCUCUGGUUUCUAAAUGCAAUGUUGUUAUUGUCAUGGAGUGUUGAAAAACCCCGUCCAAAAUAUUCAGGUCUCUAUGGACAGGCUGCACGCUGAAGAAGCACGAACAAAACAGUGCCAAUCACCGCCGUGUGUGAUUGUCUUUGCCAUGGUGGCAAUAUUUCCGCAUUGGUCUUGGCCAGAACUUCCUGAAAAUUGCUUUUAAGAUCUAUUAUCUAAAUGAGGGCAUCUCCAUCCUAAUGUUGAAAAGUUCCUUGCGAAAUUUUGUGCUGUUUACUCCUAGGAUAUUGGGUGGUGUUUAUGCAAUAUGUCUGCUUCGGUAUUUGACAUUUCAGUAUACGCGUUAUAAAGAAACAAGUUGUUUUGAGUGGAAAACAGGGGGAAUGUAGAUUUCCGAAGAAUAUUGAAUGGUUGGCUAUUCUGCGAAGUUAGGUGCCAUUUCCGAGCAUCAACUGUGCUGAAGUUGAAAAUACGGUGUCAAUUGAAAUUUACUUUCCUUGCGUGCACACAACCGAUAUUUCAUUGCAUGCUAGAAUAAGCACUAAAAAUAUUAUUUGGCAUGGCCAUGUCGAAUUUAUAUUCGAAAAUUGCUCCUAAGCCAAUUAAGAGGUCACAGGAUGCUAUUCCUGUGUCUCAAACAAAUGCAUGGGUGAAUAGAGAGAGCUUGAGUAAUAGUGGCCUGGCAACAUCUCCUAGCAUCUCCCAGCAGGAGACUGUGCAGAUAACACAGCCCGCAAGUGUUCCCACAUCUCCAGUUGCUUCACCGAGUAGUAACUCAGCUUUCAACACAUCAUUUAGUUUGGUAUGCUCCAAAGCUACCACUGGAGAUCCAAAUUGGCAGGCUCAAAGAACCACGGUUUGUGAACGAAAUGCUGCUAUGUUCAAUAAUGAGUUCAUGUCAGACAUACACUUUGUUGUUGGAAGUCCAGGUCAUACUCAAACAGUUCCAGCUCACAAGUAUGUCCUGGCAACAGGAAGUUCUGUGUUUUUUGCCAUGUUUUAUGGAGGAUUAGCUGAAGAUAAGGCAGAAAUAGAAGUACCUGAUGUGGAGCCUCCUGCUUUUCUUACGUUGUUAAGAUAUCUCUAUUGUGAUGAAAUUCAACUGGAAGCUGAUACAGUGUUGGCCACUUUAUAUGUUGCCAAGAAGUACAUUGUUCCCCAUCUUGCUCGAGCAUGUGUUAAUUACUUGGAAACCAGUUUGACUGCCAAAAAUGCCUGCCUCCUUUUAAGCCAGUCACGGCUGUUUGAAGAGCCCGAGUUGAUGCAGAGAUGCUGGGAGGUUAUUGAUGCUCAAGCAGAAAUGGCCCUUCAAUCUGAUGGCUUUCCUGAUAUAGACAUUCACACUCUUGAAUCGGUGCUUGCUCGUGAGACGUUGAACUGUAAAGAGAUGCAUCUGUUUGAUGCUGCUAUGUUUUGGGCAUCAGCGGAAUGUUUACGCCGAGAACUUGAGCCAACUCCACAAAAUCAGCGGAUCGUUCUUGGAAACGCAUUGUACUUGGUGCGCAUUCCUACUAUGAACUUAGAAGAAUUCGCUAACGGAGCCGCGCAAAACGGUAUUUUGACAUUACAAGAAACUAUAGACAUUUUCCUACAUUUUACUGCUUCAAGAAAACCAAUUCUCAGUUUCCCAACCAAACCUCGGGCUGGCCUUCAACCGCAAGUGUGCCACCGGUUUCAGUCCUGUGCAUAUAGGAGCAACCAGUGGCGAUACCGAGGAAGGUGUGACAGUAUUCAGUUCAGUGUUGACAAAAGAAUUUUUGUUGUGGGCUUUGGGCUGUACGGAUCAUCGAGUGGUGCAGCUGACUAUAAUGUAAAAAUUGAACUAAAGCGUUGUGGGCGUAUAAUGGCAGAAAAUGAUACCAAGUUUUUCUCAGAUGGUUCGAGCAACACGUUUCAUGUUUAUUUUAAGCAUCCUAUUCAGAUUGAACCUGAAUCUUUUUACACAGCAUCAGCAAUUCUAGAUGGAGGGGAGUUGAGUUAUUUUGGCCAGGAGGGGAUGAGCGAAGUGUGUGUUGGGUGUGUCGCGUUCCAGUUCCAGUGCUCAUCUGAGAGUACAAACGGAACAGGUGUCCAGGGAGGACAAAUCCCCGAGUUGAUUUUUUAUGGUCCAACCAUACCUUCAUAUGAACGUUAG